AUGAUCGCGACAUCGAAACCUAUAAGGCAAGGGUCUGCUUCGAUAUUCUAUACGGAUUCGAUUCAUUGCAUAGCUGGAUCCCUACAACAACAAUACAUCGUCUAUCAAACCGUUGUCAUGCUCUUUGACCUGGUUGACGCGUCCCAUUAUCUGGACAUCUUCCCACUACUGGGGGUUCUGCUGUUGAGCGCACUGACGCUCUUCUAUACCCCCUUGACACGACCACAGCUACCCUUGGUGAAUGAUAAAAAACCCUUUGAAUUACAGUAUGCAAACGCGAAAAAGCGAUUCGUGACGGACGCUCGCAAUUUGAUCAAAAAUGGGCUCACAAAAACCUCUGCAUUUCGAAUCGUCACCGAGAAUGGAAAUAAAAUAGUCUUGUCUCCCAAGUACGCCAACGAAAUCCGGAAUAUUGAGGAACUGAGUUUCAAUGCGGCAAUUGCUAGUGACUUUCAUGGCAACAUCCGGGGGUUUAAUGUUUUCAAGGAACGCACUGCGUCAUCCAACGUAUUUCUUGAUGCCGUGCGGAUGAAACUCACCUCAAGUCUCGGAAAGAUUACAGAGCCUCUGUCCAUGGAGACAGCAGAUGCCCUCCAGGUCAAUUGGACUAACAACCGUGACUGGCAUCACCUGGCUAUUCGGCCUAGUAUCCUUCGUAUCGUUGCCCAGUUGUCCUCCAAGGUUUUCCUUGGUGACAAAAUCUGUCGCAACCCGGAUUGGCUUCGAAUCACAAUUGACUACACAGUCGAUUCGGUCCUCGCAGCGGAGGAAUUACGACUUUGGCCAGCACCUGUGCGCCCCGUUGUAUCUUGGUUCCUUCCCUCCUGUCGAAAAGUCCGUAACGACAUGGCCGAAGCAUAUAGCAUUAUCCGGCCGGUACUGGAAGAGCGACGGCGAAACAAAGAGAUGGCCAUUCAGCAAGGUAGAACCCCGGACCAUUACAACGAUGCUAUGGAAUGGAUGGAGGAGUGCGCCAAAGGGCGACCCUACGAUGCAGCCACUGCGCAGAUGUCGUUCUCGUUCGCAGCCAUCCAUACAACAUCCGACUUGAUCACUCAAGUUCUGUAUGACAUUGCGGGGAAGGAAGACUUAAUUCAGGAACUCCGUGAGGAAGUCAUCACUACUAUAGGAGAAGGAGGAUGGAAAAGAACGACACUAUAUAAACUUAGGCUAAUGGACAGCGUGAUCAAGGAGAGUCAGCGAAUGAAACCAAUUGGCAUUGCAAGCAUGCGACGUCAAGCCAAGGCCGCCAUCCAGCUAUCAGACGGUACAAGGAUUGCCAAAGGUGAUAUAUUGGUAGUUUCUUGUGAAUGGAUGUGGGAUCCCAAUUUUUAUACCCACCCCGAUACAUUUGACCCCUACAGAUUCCUCAAAUUACGGGAUAGUCCUGGCCGCGAGACUUCAUCUCAGCUGGUGUCACCGUCCCCCGAACAUAUGGGAUUUGGAUAUGGAAAACAUGCUUGUCCUGGAAGGUUCUUUGCCGUAAACGAGAUCAAGAUUGCCCUGUGCCAUGUUCUGCUGAAAUACGAUUUCAAGUUGGCUCAAGGGUUCACACCACAGCCCAGAAAGAGCGGUGCUUCCCUGUCUGCGGAUCCGAACGGGAGUAUCGCGGUUCGGAGACGAGAAGAGGAGAUUUCCUUGGACCUCUGA